CCUGAAGCCUUUUAGGGAAACUGGAGGGUUACGGUUAAGUGGAAAUCAUUGCGAGAGACUCGGCGGUGCAUUCAGCGCUGAGGACUCGAUUCAGAACGGCCUGUCUGUACACCGAAGAACUCUGAGACUCCCUCCACCUUCCGACUUGCACGUGUAGGUUACUAUACUUCAGACAGACGGAGUUAUGCCUCAGAAGACUUGUUCACUUCCCGCGUCAAUUCGAUUGUAGGGAGAGUGACUUGGCGGCAAAUCGCACUGCCGGUGUUUCGCGGUGACUUGUUUUGUUGUUCGAUUCUCCUCCGUCUGUUCUCUGAGCUCUCCGGAGUCGCGGGUCUCCCAGGUGCGGCUUCCUCUUUCAACGACGCGUGGAUCCCCCGCAAGAAGGUUGCGCUUGUUGUUUCCGGGACAAGCCGUGGUCGAACUGCGCCCUCGUGCGGUCGAGAGUUUAUUCUGGCCAGACGCUGGCAUAGUUCCGCUUUCACAGAGUCGCUGCAAGAGCCUGUUCGUGGCCACAGAGGGACACGAUACUUCCUUCUGCAGGCGGAGACUGUGAGCUGUCUCAAGAGCAUUCCUCGACGCAUGCGACUUGCAGAGUCCAGACAGCCGAUAGGGCAUGCCUUCGUCGGCCCAGCGCGUGAUUGAAAGCCGUCGCGUUCUGUUUGAGAAAGUUGAUUUUAGCGCCUCAACCGUCCUAGCGGGGUCGCAAAUGCUGCGGAAGCCGUCCCCAAACCCAGAUGCGGACUACCAACCCCACACACCUACCUUCGGCUGACAGAUCUCUCUCCCGUCAUUUUUCUCAUUUCUCUCUUGCUCUUCCUUUUCAUCACUCGCCCACUUCUUUUUUUCCUUCUUCCUUUUUUCCUCCUGUCUCUGUGCACUCCUUCAUUUCUCUCCUCCUGCUCCUUCCCUCCUGUAAUUUCUCUCUUUCCUUCACCUGUUUUUAUCCUCUGCGGUGUCUCUCUCCUUUGCUCUGUCCGUCGCCUGUCUCGGUCCGAUCGUGAACGCCAGUCUCGGUUUUCGCCAUUUUUCGCUGCGCCUUGUUGUCUGCGUCUGUUGCUGUCGCUCCUCCACAUUUCUUCUGCUUCUUUCAACAUUUCCUUUAACUUCUCUCUCUCCAGCUCGUGUUGUCUUCCACUUUCGCCUUUUCCAGCGUGUGCACUGUUCCUCCGUUGCCUCCUCAACUUUUGCUUUCUUCGCAAUAUCUACAACAUGCGGGCGUUUCCGGACGAACGGGAUGAGGUCCCGACGCGCGGGCGCCUGCGGGGGAGGUUUCCUGAGCUCGACAGCCGCAGCGACGGCAGCCUUCGAGUUGAGGAACGGACAGACAUGGGCGAGCGAUAUCUGGUGGACAUGACCACCGGAGAAAAAAUCAUUCCUGGAUCACGCAGGCCAGACGGCACCUACAGAAAGGAAAUUCGUGUCCGCGCAGGAUACGUCCCCUUGGAGGAGCGCCGGACGUUCCAGACGCGGCAGCAGCUGUCGCGAAACGAGAGGCAAGUGCCAGGAGCAGGAAACAUUCCGGGUUUCUCUCCUUCAGCUUUUCCGCCGGGAUACUCGGGCAUAGCCUCUCCAAGUGGAAAUGGAAAGCGAGCGCCGGCUCGAAAAGGCGAGAAGAAACAUGGAGAAAAGACUCCGGAAGAAAAGACGCCAGCAGCCAAGGGGAAGCGAUGUGGAGACGCUGAGACUCCCAACGCACGGGAGGCAGACGACCUCUGUCGAGACAUGCAAAAGUUGAGUGUCGGCGUUCAAGAAAAGGAUACACCCGUUUCCGAAACUGACAGCUUGAAAAAAAGAGUACGGAACGUGAAGAAGAAGCUGAAGGAAAUUGAGGCGCUCCAGCAGAAGGUGGACGCCGGCCAGACACUCGGCGCAGAACAGAUGGGUAAACUGCAGCGGAAGAAGGAGCUCGAUGCAGAGGUGUUGGACCUCGAGCGCCGCUUGGCAGAAUUGGAGAAAAAUUGAAAACUGACGAUUUCAGGCCUUCCUUUAGUCUAUUUUUCUUGGAAACAGAGGCGGAUGCAGUGUGGGAACUGUUUACUGAGGCCAAGAGCACCACGCCCUUCGACAGUCAUGUUGGCUAUAAAAGAGCUGGGUGUAUAUUUCUUUACGGCUUGCGGCGUUUAGGCGCAGACCCGUUCGCCCAUAGACACUGUUGCUUGUGUCCAACACAGAACUUGAUCAGUGCAUGAAUUUGCCGUUUUGCUCUAACACUAUCUCUGACACAUUUCUGCCGGACCUGGGUAAGGCUGAGGAAAAGCAUAUGUCGUUUCGACGAAGGGAGCCUCUCCACAGAGAAGAGACACAACGACAGUUUUGCACGGCUGGUGACUCCUCUCCCUGGUCAGAAUGAGAGAAGUUGUGCUACGAAACGAGAGACUUUUACAGGAGUUACUGAGCACUGCAGAACUCUCUUUGGCGGUUUCACCGGUUAGAGCAGUCACAGGUCAAGACUGUAGAGAUACAGCUCUUUGUAGCACCAGAAAAACUGAACGAUUACACUUUUCUGAGUGGUUUGGGAAACCAGAGAAAGUGUAGACUUGUGUUUCUCCGACGCGGUUGAGCGUUUUCUUCAGGAAAGUGACGGGGAAGCUACGGGACUGUGGGUACUGUGGUCACAACGCAGGAGCGCAGCUUCAUUCUCCUUCCAGAAGUUGACAGGUGCAAUUUCGGCCGGUGUAUCGGGUUCUCCAGAAUAGAACGUUUAAACACACCUGGAGAAAUAACGGGGAAGGAGGGCUAGGCUCUCUGGAGGCAGAAAAAAGCACGGCGGUCGUGACGGGGGUUGUAUCGCAAGUGUUGAAGAGACGUAUCGCUUUGAAACAAGAACUCAACUUUCCCGAAGUUGUUGGAAUAAGGAGACCCGCAAGUUCCUCCGAUGGGAAUAAAUCAGAUUCUUCGAGUACGCUCUGCAUCUGUAUCACUAUCUUCUUAGGCACGGACUUGACUCUCAGCCGCAGCGAAAAGUCAAAUAUCCACGUGAAUUGUAUCUCCAGCGCGCCGCGUCCGGAUCAUGUUGGACGACUCUCUGCUCGAGCGAAACGCCUACUAUGAGAACAUGUCCUGGGGUCUGCGUACUACGUUGCACUUGUGAAGAUCUCUUGGGAUACUACGAAGCGCAAAAGUGAUGUUAGCAUAUGGCACACCGAGGAAAUGGGUUUCGGGGUCUUAGCUCUUGAGACGAAUGCAUUCAGAAUUUAGUUCUCCAUCAAGCUUCGGACGAACUGAUGCAGCAACCCCCAGCAACCGUUUACGAUGCAACACCUUCAACAUCAAGCCAGAAAGUGCUUCAGCCAGCACACAAUUUCGUGGAGAAACUGGACGAGAUAAGCAGAGACAUUCAACAGUUGGCGUCGCAAACUUGUGCAACUCCCAAGAACGUGACCAGGCGAAAGCUAACGGAUAGAGAAGCGGAAACAGUCACACUUUAAACCACUCGUUGAAUCCCCAGAAAUGGUUUCCCAUGCAUGCCGUUGGUUAAGUUCGCAAACACACGCAAUCAAAUCCAUUAGAGAGGCUAUUAUCCCACUUGUUGGACCGCAUACGCAGUGUGAGUCAACGAGUCCUACGAUUUGAAGCGAAACUGACAAGACAGUCGUCGAUAAACUGAGUUGCUUUCCUCUUCCUGUUGACAGAUAAAAGACAUGCGACUCUCUCCCUUCACCAAGAAGACGAGACCACUAGCAACAUGGCUGGAGAAUAGGACCCAUAUUCGUUGAAGGAGGAGCAAUAAAUGCAUUUUUGGCAGCGCGGCGGGCAGCGAUACUUCUCUG